CUCGUCCCUUUGUCCCUCCCCCUGCCCCUUUCGCUCCCCCUUUGUUCUCCCCCGCUACGUUGUUUGACCAACGAAGGAAGGUCGACGCCACCUCUUAUGUCAGGUUCAAGAAACAAGUGGCUUGCAGCGAACAUUUCGCGAUAAGACGACAUGGCGGCGGCGGCGGCGGCGGCGGCUCCUGCAUCGUUACGGCAUCGGCCACAGCACCAGAGGACGACGAGCGUCAGCAGUAUGCGGGCGCCACUUUCCCUUGGCCCGGCCUCGCUGGCUUGGGACGAGAGUAGCUCUUCAGAGGAGGAGGAGGAGGAAGCCGCGCCUGAAGCGCCCGAAGAUAGCCAAGAGGCAGGUCCGGAUGCCGUAGAAGAGAUGGCCGAGACACUAGCAGACGAGAGCGAGCGCGAGGAUGACAGCCCGAGCUUCCCCAUUCCAAAGCGGCGAUACGGUUCCAUGCCCAACGUGGGUGAAGUUGGGUUUUACGCCAGGGGCCGGACACUGUCGUCAGGCUCCUCGUCCGCGUCUAGCAUGACGGUGCCACGGGGAGGAGAUGCGCUUCCGGGCGCAAAGGCACGCCAUGUCCUCGGACUCGACUCCGACGGCUUCGAGCUAGGUCCCGGCAGCGACUGGGAGACCGAUGACGAGCUCGCAUCGUACCAUCCCAAGACACUCGUCAAGGCGCUCAAGAAAAACGGAAAUGUGAUGCUGAGCAAGAAGAAGAGACGACGGCAAUCAAAGGCCCUUCCGGCUCCGUACAGCCCUACAGACUAUCGGGGCGAUCAUGUGCCGGCUGCUGAGAUUCCACCAAUGCCAAGACCAACGCACCAGCACCAGAGAAGGCCGAGCGUGGGCGAAGUGUUCGGCGUCAGACUCGAAGGUGCCAGAGAAGCCGUCACCAACACAUUCAAAGCAGCUGGUAGCAGGAGAGCCGAAGCUGCGUUGCGGUAUCGCAAGGCGUCCGAUUUCAAGACUCCCGACGAGGGCUACGGUGCCAAGAAAUCAUCAAAGUCUCGUGGGAACGAGCACCGCGUGGACAGUGCCGAGUACAAGCCGAUUCGGAGCACUCCGGUACCCAACGAUGUGCAGAAUAGCACCUUGUUGGCCAAGAGUGCGCCUGUCGAACGAUCGAAUAUUUCAGACGCUGCAUUGCGAGGCUGGUCUAACGUGCAGCCAGAUGCAGCAGCCGUCGACUUUGAAGUCAUUAUGCAGGGUCACCCAGCUCCAGCCUCAGCUGUCACUGGCGCCAUGCCUCCUCCCCGUCCCGCGCGCUCACACCUCAGAAGUGCCACGGUGCAGGUGCCCAACGUUCCGUCGACGUCAGCGAGAGCGGUCCGAGGACUGUCUACGGCGUCUUCGUCGACGGCUUCUGAGUCUCAAUCGUCCUGGAAAAGACGCAGCAAUGCUUCAUUGGCGACCUUCAGCAGCGCCGGCGGCCAGUCUGAAGCUUCGAGCAGCCGUCUGAGCCCUGGUCUGAGCACGUCGUCCAGCUUGACGAACAAUGGCGCGCUUCUCACCUCGCCUGGUUCGAGGAGCAGCAGGAACCGGCAGCAGUUCGUCAAUCCGCUCUUGUCGCCGGUCGAGCCUCCUCAGCUCGACGACGACGACGACGAAGAAGAGUGGCAGAAAAUCAGUGAUCGGACGAGCAGCUUUGUGCGCCCUCCACUGCCCUUUGAAGAGCCGAGAAAGGCGCCACUCCCGCCCGGCUCGAGCGGUGCCUGUUCACUCAUGUUAUCGACGGCGGCAGCUCUUGGGCUUCACGUCGACGAUUCUCCGGACGAUCAACCUCAGUCCCACGACGGGAGCGAGUCCCGCAAUAUGUCGGCGUUGAUCAAGCGAAUGGCGUCAAAGGAAAGUGCAAUCCUCGAUCCAAUGCUCCAGUCGCCCAUCGAGCUGCCAGAGGAAGAGGCAGAGGAAGCGGAAGAGGAGCAAGAACGCGGGGGCGAGGAGGGAUGCAGCAUCCUCGUCCACCUCAGCAGCGGCGAUAGCCACAGCAAGCAGUCGAUGGAGGGGCGGGAUGCAGCUCAGAGCACUACAUUCGCGUCUUCUGAGCCCCACGGACGAGACGAAAGACCGAUGUCGAUCCCUCUCUCUCCCGCAUCGGCAAUGCCAGAAUACACCGAUGGUGUCGAGGACGAAGCCAAUGCCGAACUGGUCGGAAUCAAAUAUGAAGAUGAUGGGAACACGGUCUCAGCAGCAGAUGGGCAGCAGGACAAGGCAAAAGUCUACCUUGAGGAGACUCCUCUGCAAGAAGGCAUCCAGUAUGAGGAGGAUGAAUUCUCGAAGGCAAUUGCGAAAAUGGCAAUGGACGAGCAGCUGGGCCCUUUUUCCUUCCACAGUCCAAGCCCUACCUCUUCGUCGUUCAGCGGGGCUAGCCACUUCCCCGAAGUGACAUCGCCGGUGACUCUGAAGCGCCGAAGGAGAGUCGUCAAGAACUCUUCAAAGCUGAUCAGAAGGAGCACCGACGAUGACGAUCGCGAGUUCAUCAACUUCAUGCGCAUGUACUCAAAGUGAUCCGUGACCGUCUUGUCCCUUCCGUGUUAUACCUCUUCUUUCAUCUUGCGCGGAAUCAUAUACCAG